AUGCUUGGAUACUUUAUAUCUUACAUUGUAUGUGAGGUUGGCGCCAUUAUUUAUUGGAACGUUCUCCACUUAAAUGCCAGUAUUGUGCCACAAACAAGUUCCCCAAGAACUGAGCAUCAGUUGAGAGGGGGAGAUAUGCUCUUUAGGAAAAUCCUAAUCAACAGGAAGGAGCAGUCUGAGACCUAUCUUAAAAGGGGAUAUUGCUUUAUGCUUUCUAUAAUAAAAUUGAAAGAAGCAGUUCUGGAUGGAGUUUCUCUUGAAGAUAUUGAAAGAGAACGCUUUAACCAAAUACAAUUGGAGUUGGCAAAGCUUUCCCAGAAAUUCGAAGAGAAUAUUAUUGAUGCGACUAAAAUGUUUGAGAAAAUUAUUACAGAUAAAAAGGAAGUUGAAGGUAUACCUUUGACUGCACUUACUGUAGCUGCAGAGAAAGCGGUUCUCAAGGGAUAUGCAAAGGCCACAGCUGAUGAUGGCCCAUGGGCUAUUACAUUGGACGGUCCAAGCUAUCGCUCUGUUUUGCAACAUUCUUGCAAUAGAUCUUUAAGAGAGGAAGUUUACCGUGCUCAUGUGACCCGUGCCUCUGAUGGAACUCUAAACAAUAACCCAAUUAUAGAACGCAUAUUGGAGCUCAGGUUGGAGGAAGCAAAGCUUCUAGGCUACAGUAACUUUGCAGAGGUGAGCAUGGAAACAAAAAUGGCCACCAUUGAUAAAGCAAAGGAUCUUCUAGAUAAGCUUCAUAGUGCUUCUUGGAAUCCUGCAAUUAAGGACAUGGAAGACCUUAGAAAUUUUGCCAUUGCUCAUGGUGCUGAAGAAGCUAAAGAUUUAAAUCACUGGGACAUUAACUUCUGGAGUGAACGUCUUCGUGAGUCUAAAUAUGACAUAAAUGAGGAAGAGCUACGACCGUACUUGUCUUUACCAAAGGUGAUAGAUGGUCUUUUUAAACUGACAAGGAAGCUGUUUGACAUUGACAUAGAGCCUGCUGAUGGCGCAGCCCCAGUUUGGAAUAAGGAUGUCUGCUUUUACAAAAUUAAUGACUGUUCAGGUAGUCCCAUAGCAUACUUCUAUUUUGAUCCAUACAGCCGUCCCUCAGAGAAACGUGGUGGCGCUUGGAUGGAUGUGGUUGUUGGUCGCACUCGUGUGCUCUCGUGUGACGGUGCCUCUACCAGAUUGCCAAUUGCUCACAUUGUGUGCAAUCAGACACCUCCAACUCAGGACAAGCCGAGUCUAAUGACCAUCCGUGAGGUUGAGGCAGUCUUCCAUGAGUUUGGCCAUGCACUUCAACAUAUGCUAACCAAACAAGAUGAAGGUCUUGUAUCUGGCUCAAAGGGGAUAGAAUGGGACGCUGUCGAAAUACCUUCUCAAUUCAUGGAGAAUUGGUGUUACCAAAGGGAUAUAAUUAUGAGCAUUGCCAAGCAUUAUGAAACUGGAGAAAGUCUUCCCGAAGACUUAUGCUUAAGCAUUCUUUCAGCAAGGACAUUUAGGGCAGGUUCACAGCUACUUCGUCAGCUGCGUUAUGCUGGCGUUGAUUUGGAGCUUCACUCAAAUUAUGUACCAGGUGGACCAGAGUCUAUAUAUGAUAUUGAUCAAAGGGUAGGGAAAAAGACACACAUAAUCCCACUACUUCCAGAGGACAGAUUUCUUUGUAGUUUUGAUCACAUCUUCGCUGAUAAAUAUGCAGCAGGAUAUUACAGUUAUCAGUGGGCUGAGGUGUUAGCUUAUGAUGCCUUUGCAGCAUUUGAGGAGGCUGGGUUAGACAAUGACCAGACUCUUAGAGAAAUGGGCAUCAGAUUUCGAGAAACGAUCCUUGCUCUUGGAGGUGGAAAAUUGCCCAACGAGAAUUUCGUGGACGUGAACCUUCGCCUGAUGCAUUUCUUCGCUACAAUGGCUUACUACCUACCAUUAUUGCAGCUUGAGCUGAGUAGAAAUAGCCAAUUUCUGGUUACAGAGUAUAGCAAGGUGGAGCAUUUUGUUGUGUUCUAAUGCACUAUAAACAAUAACUUUAAUAAGUUUCAUAUAGGGCUUAUAAUUUACUCGUAAUGCACCCAAAUACCAUAUAACUUUGCUUAACUUAAGCUAUGUAUAAAGAUCGAUUGCUGUAUUUCACCUUUUCUACUUAUGAUGCAAUGGGAAAAACUCGCGGUCAAUUUGUUAAA